AUGGUGGAAUUAAAUAUCAAAGCGGAGACAAUAUUAGCUCAGAGAUUUCAAAUUGGCACAUUGAUUGGAAAAGGGUCGUUUGGAAAAGUUUAUUUUGCUAUUGACUUGCAAUCAAACAAAGAAGUUGCUGUAAAAAUUGAAACAAAAAAAUCUAAACACAGCCAACUCUCAAACGAAUCGACAAUUCUUCAGGAACUUCAAGGUAUUGUUGGAAUUCCGAGAUAUGUAUUUUCUUCUGAUCAAGGCGAAUAUAAUAUAUUAGUGAUGGAACUAUUAGGAGAAAGCAUAAGAUCUAAAUUUUCGAAGUGUAAUAAAAUUUUCUCUCUUAAAACAACAUUGCUGAUAUCAGAACAGAUGUUGGAUCGAAUAAAAAGUUUGCAUGAUCAUGGCUAUAUACAUAGAGAUAUCAAACCUCAACAAUUUGUUACUCCAUAUUGUGAUAAAGAAAAUUUAAUCUAUUUAAUUGACUAUGGCCUCUCAAAAAAAUAUAUCAAUAAGCUUGGCUUUCAUAUUCCGUACACUGAAAACUGUCCAUUUGCAGGUACUUAUUAUUACGCAUCCAUUAAUUGUCAUACUGGGAUCCAGCAAGGCAGACGAGAUGAUUUGGAGUCUAUGCUCUAUUCAAUAGCCUUUUUACUCCGUGGAGAUUUGCCAUGAAUCCCAAACUCAAAGCAAAAAUUUUCAGCUGCUAGAAUUCAUGUCAUCAAACUUAAAACUUCGCCGCUGAAGCUUAUGAAGGAUGCACCAUAUGAUUUCUCUGAAUUGCUUUGCUACGUUAAAUCACUUCAAUAUGACACAAGACCUGACUAUGACUAUAUUAAAGGGAUUUUAAGUGAGCUCAAAAGGAAAGUAAAUGUCAAUGAUAAUAUUUUUGAUUGAAAUAUACUAAUUGAAGUAAAUAACAAUAGGAGGUUAUAUAAGCAGAAUAAAAAAAAGAAACAAAGCAAAGAAAGAGAUGAAAGCGUGGCAAUAUCGAAGACAAGUAUUUCGUUUUACGAGCAAGUAGUCUUAGAAUCUUCUGAAGACUCUAAAACUAUUGAGCAGUCUAAGUUUCCUGAAUUUCAUAACAGGAAUAUUCUCCCCCAAAAGCCGAUUCAAGGAAUAAUUGAAUCUAUAACUUUACCAUUAACUUUACAGUACUCAGAUAAAAAUGAACAAAGUGUGGAUGAAAGCCAUUAUGAAAGAAGACCAAGAACGCAUAGCUUUGAUAUAAAUAUGCUUGAAUCACGAAUUCAACAAAAAUCAAAUUGCAUCAUAUUUUAA